CAGGAUCAAGCCAGUGAUAAUGCAUAGCCUGUAAGCCACCAGUUAUGGCUCACAGGAAGAGGCCAGGGACCAGUGGAGGAAACACUAUGGCUGCUCCAGUCCCUGCCCCCUGCCCCGCCCCUCAUCCUGCAGACUCAUGUGAUUUGAAAGUGCUGCCUUCUCGCCAGUGCCCGGUGCGCUACCACAAGCAGUCACAUGAUCAAAAACCACUCCCCCGUCCAUGCAAAGCACAGUAUUCCUCUCGCAAGCCUCAAGAUGGUAUCCGCAACCAUCCAGAUGUGAAUGUCAAGGCAGAAGUUGAAGAAACAUGUUACAACAACAAAGUAGAUGCAGAGCGGGACAACCAGCAGACAGCAACACCCUCCACACCAGAACAUGACCUUGACCAAGUUGACCGUGACCAGGCAGACUUCCAUGGUGAAGCUGACAGCCUGGAUGAAGACUCAAGCUCAGACUACAUUAAUAACACCUCAGAAGAUGAAGAUUAUGAUGAUGGACUCGCAGAGGAGGAUGAGGGUGUGACUUACUAUAUCCGCUACUGCCCAGAAGAUGACAGCUAUCUGGAAGGUGUGGAUUGCAACAGCCAGAGAGACUGCAGCCGUGCCCACAGCCAGCCAGACUGUGCUACCACCAUCCAGCAAGCUGCAGUCCAUAAUCAUGAAAGGCAGGAUGCUGUAGAAGGAUGGGAACAAGGAGAGGGGGAGGAGAGGGUGAGAGAGGAGGAAUGGGUGGAAGACGAGCAAGAAGGUGUGGUGAGGGAAGAAUGGAGAGAAGAUGAGGAUGAGGUGGGGGAAGAGUGGAGAGAGGAAGGUGAAGAGUUAAGGGAAGAGUGGAGGGAAAGAGAUGAGGAGGCAAGGGAAGAAUGGAGACAAGAAGGACAAGUGAGACAGGAGCAGUGGAUGGUGCGAGAGAGGCACAGGGUGGAGGAGUGGGGCAACGGAGAUGGUGAGGUGCGCUGUGAGGUAGUGGAGCAAGAUCCAGAUGAACAAAUAUACAAUGGCCGACCUGAACCCAUCCUGGAUCAUCACCUCCACCAUCACCACCACCACCAGCCAUCGCUUCAUGAUACCCUGCAUUCCAGUCCAGCUGACAGAGAGGGAGAGGAGGAGGCAGAGAGUGAGGAGUACUACCCAAAUGAGGAAGAAGAUGAAGAAGGUGAGGACGAGGAGAGACAUGGAGGGGUCUAUAGUGGUGAAUACUAUGCUCCGGAGGACAACGGGAACCCAGUGCAAGUCUCUCCGUAUCAUGGCAGGAAAGUGCUGGUUGUAGAGGGAGAGACGGGAGAAGAGGCAGAGGAGGACAUUGACCAAAUAGUUGCUGAGAUCAAGAUGAGUAUGAGUAUGGGAAGUCUAAGCAGUGCCACUGACCAAAGCCCAGAAGAGUUAGCGCAUGACCCCACACCAAGCAACUGCUCUCAUGGCAAACCUGACACAACGUCCUACCCGCCACCUCACCACCGCCAUGAUAGUAGGCCCAAGUCACUCAAUCUGCCCUCAUUACAUCAUAACAACCCUGACCACCAGAGGGGCAUCAAACCACAUCCACGUUCACCUGAAGACAGGCAGCGAUGGCAGCAAGAGCAGGUGAGCAAUGGUGCAGAGCAACCCAGAAAACAGCAACGCUCUGACCUCAACGUUCCCCUUGAGAACAAUAAUGUACCAGAGCCAACAAAGAAGGCUGCGUCAUUCCCCAGCUUUGUCGACGUCCCAGGACCCUGUGAGCCUGAGGAUCUGAUUGAUGGAAUUAUUUUUGCUGCUAACUACAUUGGCUCCACUCAGCUGCUUUCUGAGAGGAAUCCCUCCAAGAACAUACGCAUGAUGCAAGCGCAGGAGGCCGUCAGCAGGGUGAAGAGGGUUCAGAAGGCUGCCAAAAUCAAGAAAAAGGCGAAUGCAGAAGGGGACACUCAAACUCUCACAGAGGUUGAUCUGUUCAUCUCUACCCAGAGGAUCAAAGUACUCAAUGCAGACUCACAGGAAACCAUGAUGGACAAUGCACUUCGUACAAUAUCUUACAUUGCUGAUAUUGGGAACAUUGUGGUCCUGAUGGCGAGACGCAGGAUGCCACGCACGGCCUCCCAGGACUGCAUCGAGACCACACCUGGUGCACCUGAGGCCAAGAAGCAGUACAAGAUGAUUUGUCACGUUUUUGAGUCUGAGGAUGCCCAGCUCAUCGCUCAGUCCAUCGGCCAGGCAUUCAGCGUAGCUUACCAGGAGUUCCUACGAGCCAAUGGCAUUAAUCCCGAGGACUUGAGCCAGAAGGAAUACAGUGACAUCAUCAACACCCAGGAGAUGUACAAUGAUGACCUCAUUCACUUUUCCAACUCUGAAAACUGCAAAGAGCUGCAGCUGGAGAAGAGUAAAGGGGAGAUCCUGGGUGUGGUGAUUGUGGAGUCCGGCUGGGGAUCCAUUCUGCCGACAGUUAUAUUAGCCAACAUGAUGAACGGGGGCCCAGCGGCACGCUCCAGCAAGCUCAGCAUCGGAGACCAGAUCAUGUCUAUCAACAACACCAGCCUGGUCGGGCUGCCGCUCGCUACCUGCCAGGGAAUCAUCAAGGGCUUGAAGAACCAGGUCCAGGUGAAAAUGAACAUUGUAAGCUGCCCUCCUGUUACCACUGUCCUCAUCAAGAGACCAGAUCUGAAGUACCAGCUGGGCUUCAGUGUCCAGAACGGCAUUAUAUGCAGUUUGAUGCGGGGAGGCAUCGCUGAACGAGGUGGGGUCCGCGUGGGACACAGAAUCAUACAAAUCAAUGGUCAGAGCGUGGUGGCCACAGCACAUGAGAAGAUUGUCCAGGCUCUCUCAAACUCUGUUGGCGAGAUCCACAUGAAGACGAUGCCUGCAGCCAUGUUCAGACUUCUGACAGGACAGGAGACACCGAUGUACAUAUAACCGUUGGACAGAGACCUUUGUCAGUCUGACCAGCCGGCCGAUAACGUGGGCAGGACGGCUCAUCUAUCGACGCUGAAUGCUUUGUUUGUCUCUCCUGUCUGUGUGCUUAAACGUGACGUGUGAUGCUUUUUCCAUCUGACCAGCUGAAGAAUAUGUGUGUGUGUGUGUGUGUUAUUUCUGUGCUUUUCUGUCCGACAUCAGUGUGAAUUAUCGAAUGAAUGCAUCACUGUUAUUUUUUUUAUAUUCAUGUAAUGCAAUAUCCUACUUCUAUACAUUUUAUUCUUUAUUUAUUUCUCAUGUAAAUACUUUUUUCUUUUUGCUGAUAGUGUGACUGAAGGAAAUGUGAAGCAGAGCUCACAUGCACUGUAAAUAUUUAUGGAGUCUUGCUUUUUAAUUAAUGUUUGGGGGAACAAUUAAACUUUGGGGAUCACAGUAGUUCCAUGUGAAAACGAUAAUGAUUUUAGUGUUCAGAAUGUUGAGUUAAAUGCAAUGGGUUGACGUGCGUGUGAAUAAAAACACUCCUUUCCAAAGGAGUUUAUGGGAGAAAUGCCAUAACCUUUUUCAGUUACUCCAUUUUCAGGCAAUACGAACUUUCAACCUCUGAAUGCUUUUGUAAAUCUCAAGUGCAAAACACCCAACACUCAAAUAACAAGCAACUCAGUAAAUCCUGAACAUGCAUUAAUUAUGCUUUUGAUAGUCAAAUGUAUGAAAAAAAAAGAUUGUGAUAUUCUGCUCUGUGUUGAAGUGUAUUGUUCUUGACAGAAGCUCAUGCUUACAAGUGAAUUGUGAAUGUACCGUUUCUGUGUGAGCUGUUCCAUUGUCAUAAACCGUAUUAGAAUGUCUGUACAUAAAAUAAACAGUCUAGUAUUGUACUUAGACAUGACAAAAAAAAAAAAAAAAAACAGGUUUAGCCAUUUCAAACAUCUUGAAAAACUGUAUGUUGAUGCUGAGUCUCCAGAAGCGAAGAGAGAACUGUGAAUCACACACUGUGACAGAAAAAGCCUUAUGCACGAGUAACGGUUUCACAAUGGGUGUGUAGUUAAUUUAAACCAUGAGCAUUGUCUGUGUGCAUGCCCUGUAAAUUAGUACGUCAUUGUUGCAAGGUAAUAAAAUCAAAGCUAAACCUG